AGUGCUAUCGGGCCAUCUAUGUUGCACAAUACCCCGCUCCAACACCUUAGCUACCUGCUCCGAGUCCUUCAUCAUCACCACUGUUAGAGAAAACCAAGCCAGAAUGAAUUCAAGUUUCAAGACCAGCUUCAGCGACAAUGUCAACAGUCUCAUUGUCUCCAACAGUUAUAACGUCACAUCUGUUGCGGACGAGAAAUAUAGAGUCCUUCAAUGGUUAUCUCCUUUAGAACCUCAGAAAAGGCACCAGGAUGUGAGCAACCGAAGACUUGACGGUACAGGUCACUGGUUCCUGGAGACAGCGGAGUUUCGGAAGUGGUGUAAGGCAGAGGAUGGGUCUGUUUCUUCUACACUAUUUUGUUCUGGAGAUCCGGGAGCUGGAAAGACUCACAUAAGCUCUUUGGUUGUUGACACCUUAUGCGACCAGUUUUCUGGAAAAGAUGUCGGAGUUGCCUGCCUGUAUUGCGAUUUUUACGCUCAGGAGGAACAAGUGACAACCAGUAUGAUGGGUGGGAUUCUAAAGCAACUCGUGGCGGCUUUGGAUGAACUCCCGGAGGAGAUCAGCGAGGCUUUCCAAAAAUCGAAAGAAUCUAUCGGCGGACGAGGGCUUCGACUUCCGGAUAUUCUCAAACUGUUAGCACAGAUCCUUGCAUUCUUCCGCCGGACGUUCAUAUGCAUCGAUGGAUUGGAUGAAUAUGCGGUUGAGCGCAGGCCCGAACUUCUGCGCUCUCUGCAGCAGGUUCUCCGGGAUUCGCCAACUACACGCUUAUUCCUAGCUGGGAGACCGCAUCUCGAAGAGGAAGUGAAGAAGCAUCUUUCGGAACCCGUAGCUCACCUCGCUAUAAAGCCUCACGAAAGCGAUAUUAAGAAGUACAUUAAUAUGAAGAUGUCCGAGGACCCAGAUCCGCAUGCGAUGGAUAGAGAGUUGGAAUCUGAGAUAAUAACGAGUAUCUGUGAGAGCUCCUCUGAUAUGUAAGUAGAAGCUAGAAGCAAAAAGAAAACAGACUAUUGCACGCGUUUUCUAACGAGUGUUACAAGAUUUUUGUUAGUUGCGCUGCAAAUCGAAGCCAUACUAGGAGAGACCAGCAUUCACCGGAGAAGACAAAAACUACACCAAGGAGCAAAUGGCCUACACGAUGUGUAUGCCGCGACACUGGAUAGGAUAAGCCGCCAGCGCGGGGAUAAGCCAAGACUCGGCAUGGAAGUUCUGAUGUGGGUGUCUUUGGCACAGCGGCCUUUGUCCGUUAGUGAACUGUGUGAUGCUCUCGGAGUAGAAAUUGGAUCCGCCGAUCUCAACGCCAAAAACAUCCCUCCGAUACAGACCCUUCUAGGGUCUUGUCUGGGACUUGUGACCGUCGAUAAGGCAACGUCAAGGGUCCAUCUGAUUCACUCGACCCUCCAGGAAUACUUACAAGCUCAUACAACUCUUUUUGACCAUGGCCACGCCAAGAUUGCC